CGUUUUUGACAGGUAAUGAUUUCGAUCAUUAAUCGCGAUGACGAUUGAACUGUCAACAAGUCAAAACAAAAACAUAUUCCAGUCGAGUUGCCACUUCUACAAACGAAAUCAACCGAAAAUGCCCGUCUUCAAGCUGGCCGAAUUCCCGAACGUAUGCCGGCUGUGUCUGGUCGCGCCGGAGGGCAAGCUGGUCUCGCUGCGGACGCGGGAUCCCGUGUUCGACGGGGGCACCAUCGGCGACUUCAUCACCAGGAUCAGCUUCAAAAUCGAACAGCACAAAGCGCAUCUGUUCCCGCAGGUGGUCUGCCAGCCGUGUUUCGACCUGCUGAAGUUCUUUGCCCGGUACCGGACCAAGGUGACCAAUGUGCAUCUGCUGAUGAACGCGCUGGUGGAGUUGCGGUUCUCCAACUGCCGACCGCUUGUGGAUCUGUUCGAGAGAAAGCAGAGCGCGGUAGAGGUUCUGCUGAAGGACGUGGGGGUUUGUGAGGAGGUUGAGGACGCCACGGCCCAGACGCUGAUGGAGGAGUUUCCGACGUACGCGAUCGCCAGCGUGGAGCGGGCGGAUGAAAUCGAUGUCGUUGAGCCGGUUUGCGACGAUGUGGUGGAGUCGGAAAGGCCAGCGGUUCGGAGGGUUAAGAGGAAGGUCCCAGUGCAGAAGGUGGUUGUGAAGCGAGUCAAGAGGGUGAAGGCGGUUGAGUCUACUCAAGAUGAAUCGGUUGAGAGUAGUGUAGAACCUGCGGGAAUUGAUCAAGGUCAACCGGAUGAAAUUGAUCAGCCUGUUGCCCAAGAAGAUGACAGACAUUUGAAGGAGAUUAAACUGCAGUACAAGCUACGUUGCACAAAGUGUACCUACACGACGGAGUACCUGCGGGAGUUUGAAGCUCAUCAGCUCAUAGAACACGAGAUCAAGAGCCGCGAGUUCCACUGCGACAAACCGGGCUGUCCGGAGGUGUUCAAGGAUGCGUACCUGCUGUACAAGCACAACGUCAAGAUGCACAAGCCGUUCGUGUGUGACAUCUGCGGAACCGGGUUGAGCAGCCGGAGCGACCUCAAGGACCACAUGGCCCGUCACAAAAACGAUCAGAACUUUGCCUGCACGUACUGCGAUCGGCGGUUCAAUUUGAAGCAGGACCUGGGGACGCACAUCCGGCGAAUCCAUCUGAGUGAGAAAAAUUUCGAAUGCAAGACUUGCGGACUAAAAUUUACCUCAAAUUAUAUGCUGAAAACUCACUCGGAAACGCACAACGUGGAUAAGAGUUAUGCGUGCCAAACUUGCGGCAAGAAGUUCAAAUCGGCCGAGAAUCUCAAAAGUCAUCGUAUUAUUUACUGCGAUCAAGUCAAGUUACGGCACGAGUGCAGUCACUGCGAUAAGCGAUACCCCUCCCGGACGAAACUGAUAGACCACAUUGAGUCGGUGCACAGGAUCAAGUGCCGCUUCCCGUGCGACGUCUGCGUGCAGCCGUUCACGAACCCGGAAGAAAUGGCCACGCACCGGCUGCGCCACGACAACCCCAAGGAGCUCGAGUGCGGCCGCUGUCUGGUGGCGUUCCUGUCCGCCGAGGACAUGGCCGCCCACCUGUGCAUCACUUACCAGGAGAACUACUUUUGCUGCGGACGGGACUUCCGGUACCACUACGCGUACAACAAGCACAUGUUCAUCAAGCACGGCCAGAAGACGAACGCCCGCGUCCGACCGAACCCCGACGAACUGCUGGGGUUGUCCAAGCUUAGGAGGAAACGCAUCGAAAUGUGUCACAAGUGCGAAACUGUGUUUCCAACUCGGGCGAAAAAGCAGAGACACCAGGAAACCUGCACCGGUCCGCCGGCGGUUGCGCCUGAAGCUUCUACCAAUACUGCUCAGGACGAGCCGUUGAUUCCCAUGUUCAACUACUGAGACA